AUGAUGGAUGAGUACAACACCACUGCUGAGCUUUUCCUGUCUAACAACACGAGCAGCUUGGAUACAUCAGAGCCCUGGGAUGAAGCGACACAACUAGGCCUCCAGAUCUCUCUCUCAAUCAUAUUGGCCAUCGUAACUCUGGCUACAAUGCUGUCCAAUGCUUUUGUCAUUGCCACCAUUUUCCUGACACGCAAGCUCCACACACCUGCUAACUUCCUGAUUGGUUCUCUGGCCCUGACAGAUCUGCUUGUGUCCAUCCUGGUUAUGCCCAUCAGUAUCUUGUAUACAGUGAGCAAGACAUGGACGCUUGGGCAGGUGGUUUGCGACAUCUGGCUCUCAUCAGAUAUCACCUUCUGCACAGCAUCUAUCCUGCACCUGUGUGUGAUUGCUCUGGACCGGUACUGGGCCAUCACGGAUGCUCUGGAGUACUCCAAGAGGCGGACAACUGGGCGGGCCACGCUCAUGAUUGCAGUUGUGUGGGUGAUCUCCAUCUCCAUCUCCAUGCCCCCUCUCUUCUGGAGGCAAGCCAAGGCUCAAGAGGAGUUAACCGAAUGCCUGGUCAAUACGGACCAGAUCUCCUACACGCUCUACUCCACUUUUGGUGCUUUUUACGUGCCCACCGUGCUCCUCAUUAUCCUUUAUGGGCGAAUUUACGUGGCUGCCCGGAGUCGGAUCUUCAAGACCCCGGCGUCAAGGGCAAAACGAUUCACUACAGCUCAACUCAUCCAAACAUCGGCUGGCUCGUCUCUCUGCUCACUCAGCUCCUCAGCCAUCCAAGAAGGGCAUCUUCACCAAGGAGGAGCAGGAAGUGGAGGAGGAGGGUCUCCAAAUUUCACAAACAGCGUUAAGGUGAAGCUAGCAGAUAACGUCUUGGAGCGAAAACGUUUGUGUGCAGCGAGGGAAAAGAAAGCCACAAAGACACUGGGUAUCAUCUUGGGAGCCUUCAUCAUCUGCUGGCUGCCCUUCUUUGUAGGAACAUUGGUCAUGGCUAUCUGUAAGGAGUGUUGGUUCCAUCCAGUGCUGUUUGACUUCUUCACCUGGCUCGGCUAUCUCAACUCGCUUAUCAACCCUGUGAUCUACACGGCCUUCAACGAUGAAUUCAAGCAGGCCUUUCAGAAGCUUAUCAAGUUCAAGAGAUGCCACUGA